CCUCACCGUGGGCGUGGCAUACUGCGGAGAGAGAGGUGGAGAAACAGCCCUUGACGUAAGGCAGUUGUAAAAUUUCUCGUUUGCUAAAUAUUGGACAAGCCUCCACAGUCUGUAUUUAUAGAUCCAGCCCACGGUUGUUGCUGCCCUGAGUGAAAAUGUUCUACACCUGCGGGCCAAAUGAGGCAAUGGUGGUGUCGGGGGUCUGCCGCUCCCCUCCUCUGAUGAUCGCUGGAGGCCGGGUGUUUGUAAUACCCUGUAUUCAGCGGAUCCAGAGGAUCUCCCUGAACACCCUGACUCUGAACGUGAAGAGCGAUAAAGUGUACACCCGACACGGAGUGCCCAUCUCUGUCACUGGCAUUGCCCAGAUGAAGAUCCAGGGGCAGAAUAAGGAGAUGCUGGCAGCUGCUUGCCAGAUGUUCAUGGGGAAGUCAGAGCAUGAGAUCGCCCAGAUCGCCCUGGAAACGCUGGAGGGCCACCAGAGAGCCAUCAUUGCCCACCUCACUGUGGAGGAGAUCUAUAAGGACCGCAAGAAGUUUUCGGAGCAGGUGUUCAAAGUGGCCUCAUCUGACCUGGUCAACAUGGGCAUCAGUGUUGUCAGCUACACGCUGAAGGAUGUUCAUGAUGACCAGGAUUAUCUGAACUCCCUGGGCAAGGCUCGAACAGCGCAGGUUCAGAAAGAUGCCCGGAUAGGGGAGGCCCAGAACAAGAGGGACGCCGUCAUCAGGGAAGCCCAUGCAAUGCAGGAGAAGAUCUCUGCUCAGUAUUUGAAUGAGAUCGAAAUGGCCAAAGCUCAGAGGGACUUUGAGCUGAAGAAAGCUGCCUAUGACAUAGAGGUGCACACCAAGCAGGCUGAGUCUGAGAUGGCCUACCAGCUGCAGGUGGCGAAGACGAAGCAGCGCAUCGAGGAGGAGAAGAUGCAGGUGCAGGUGGUGGAGCGCUCCCAGCAGAUCAUGCUCCAGGAGCAGGAGAUCACCCGCAAGGAGAAGGAGCUGGAGGCCAAGGUGAAGAAGCCGGCGGAGGCCGAGAGAUACCGGCUGGAGAGGCUGGCUGAGGCAGAGCGGAUCCAGCUCAUCAUGGAGGCUGAGGCAGAGGCCGAGUCCAUCAGAGUGAAGGGCGAGGCAGAGGCCUUUGCUGUGGAGGCUAAGGGCCGGGCGGAUGCGGAGCAGAUGGCUAAGAAGGCGGAGGCGUUCCAGCAGUACCAGGAGGGGGCGAUGGUGGACAUGCUGCUGGAGAAGCUGCCCCUGAUCGCCGAGGAGAUCAGCAAGCCCCUCUCCGCCGCUCAGAAGGUCACCAUGGUGUCCAGCGGGGGCUCGGAGGUGGGCGCGGCCAAGCUGACCGGAGAGGUGCUGGACAUCAUGACCCGCCUGCCCGACGCCGUGCAGAAACUGACCGGAAUCAGCAUCGCUCAGGUGAGACCGCACGGAGACUGACCGGAGUCAGUAUCGCGCAGGCGACGACGCGUAUGGGCUGAAGAAGACCGCGGGCAGACCCCAGCGAACGAACAUCAGCGCGUUUCACCACUACCCUGUCUGUCUGUAUGUGCGACUGUGAAUGCAUGUGAUUAGAAUCACAGCCUACCCUUAAAGCAUAGCUCUGUGCUCCUUCAAAAACACUUCCCCCUGUCUGUCUGUAUGUGCGACUAUGACCGCAUGUGAUUACAAUCACAGCUUACCCUUAAACCUAAGCUCUGUACAAAAACACUUCCCCCUCUCUGUAUGUGUGUGCACGUUUCCCUGUCUGUCUGUCUGUUUCUACACCCCUUCUAAAGAAUUGCCUCUAUCCACUGCCUUGCUAUCUAACUAACCCAAAGUGCAUCUUAUAUUCAGAUCAUGUGAACGCACUAUCAACAUUUCUGUCUGAUAUCCCACUUCUACACUCAUCGUCUUGAUCAGCAAAGGAAGAAGUGACCAGUUCAAAUCCCACCUGUAAUGUAAUUUUCCAUUCACAACCUCUGUUCAUUUUCUACGGGUUUGACUGGAAUCGAGAAAUGGCUUGCGUAGAUGAGGGCUAGAAACACAAUAGAUGCAUAUCUGUCCGUGAAUUUCCUGUUUUCUGAGCCUUUUUUUGUUUCAUUUUUUUAAACUGCAAAUCUAACGAAGGAACUGUCGUGCUCAGGCUGAGGACAUGGUUGAUUAUGUUUUAAAAAAUAUAUAUAUUUAUCUUUUAAAAUUAUUUUUCCUGAUUUCUUAGGUCAUUCUCUGCAUUCUGUGUGGAGACUCUUUCCCUACAGACAUUGUAAUCAUGUUUUUGUGUUGCUUAGUUACAUUUUGAACGUGUCGGUUGCUUAUUUUUUUCUUGCCAUUUCCCUUUCCCCUCAUUCUCUGCUGCUAUGCUGUCUCAUGGUGCCGACCACAACCGCAUGCUAGCCGGCUGUGUCUGAGGGACUUAUGAUAUGGUCUUAUUCUGUAAAAAUCAGAGGGACUGCAUUUUUAUACCAGGAAUGUGAACAUGUUAGCGACAAGCGGUUCUUGAAGCAGGCAAGAGGUCAUGCUGGAAAGAGAGGGAAGGAAGUUUAAUGAACAGAGGACCAACAGGUGUUUGUAGUGAAGGCUAAAAAGAGAGCAAGAAGAAGAGUGAAUAUGGAAUGUGUGAUGGUACUGGAAUAACUGUGCUGGCUAUUUUAAUCUCUUUCAUAAUGAAGGUCAGGUGCUAGCUACUUGGUCACUGAUGCAGACAACUGUUGCGCUCUCCCGUCGCACAUUAAGCAUUUUAAUCACUGUCCACCAGAUGGCAGCAGCACGAUCUAACCGCGAGGGGUAGUAAUUUCCAAUGCUCCACAGCACGGCUUGAGUGUGUGCUGCCACCAAAUGAGAGAAGUAACACUGGUUACUUGAAAUAAUUUCCGCAGGGUACCUCAGAUAAACAUUUCAUUUCACCUUGCCAUGUUCACAGUCAAGUGCCUGGACCCAGUAACCAAACUCAUUAUGUCCUCUCGUACUAAUAUUAAAAACUAAUAUAGUGAAGUAGUCUGUUUAUAGAUGUCAACGGUGUGAUUUUGAAUUCUGUGUCUUAGUUUGUGUGCUUUGUGACUCACCUUCCUGCAUGCUUUUAUAAUUACUAUUCUUGUUUGUGCAUUAAAAACAUUCAAAAUGAAAAGAGGGAAAAUAAAUGACUUAUCUGGAGAUAAUACAAAACCUACCAGGAAUAUUCAAACUUCACCUUUUGGAAUUACUACUGAACUUACAGUAGGUAUGGCAAUCGGGAAAGAAGAAAAAUGAUGUAGAGUACGGUGUAUUUAACAAUCAACUGACUGUUAGGCUUGAUUGAUUACAAUAAGCUGACUGACAGUUUCUCAGUUCACCAGGAUGAUCUAUUUCAUUAUGCAGUUAAGAUGUAUGUAUUCUAGAUAUGAAUCACCUUUGACCACGUGUCACCGUUAUUUGCGUUUGGUGUUACUGUAACUAUCUUCAAAUGGAAACUAAAAUAGACAAGAAAACUAGUUACUCUGCUACUGUUACUAGUUACAUAGCUAUACCGAGUAGCACUAGGCUAAUGGUUUUGGGCUUGUGGCAUUCAAUUUGUAAUUUUGAGAUGUUAAAUCGGAAUUUGAAAGCUAUUUCAUCAGUUCUAGUAUCCAUAUUUUCACUUUAUAAAUUGUAUUGCACUCGCUUUUGUUUGUGUUGUUAGCUUGAUUGAUUUUUUUUUUUUGUACUUGGAUGACUUGCCAAAUUGGAAUUUGCCUUUGUGUAGUAUUGAAUCUGUUUUUAGUGCACUGGGAUAUCGAAUAUUAUUACAUGUGUGUAUUUUUAGGAAAUAUUACCAUCUAAUUGCAUACAAUACACAAUCUCCAUGGUAACUGAA